UUAGUAGAAUCACAUAAACACCACUGCCCAGAUUUUUCCUUCCAAUUUCUUUUCCCAUUUCCAUUUCCAUCUUGUUAAACAAAUUUCUCACACAUGUUAAUCACAAAAAGGGCAUAAAGCAUUAAAGCAACGGUAAUCCUAACGAUUCCUUCAUUCCAAAUACUGCAAGGUAUAUAACCCAAUCUUUUACAUCCUCAAGCAAGCUCAACUUGUUGAAUUAAGAAGGAAUUCAUACUGAUUUUUCUAGAUUGAUGAUGGAUUCACUCUCUCCAUCUCACUGUUUUUGAAGUUUUAGCAGCAGAGAUAGCGCUUGAAUCAGUGGUCAGCCCUACAUUUCUUCCUUUGAGAGUCAUUUGCUUUGAUGUGAAAUGACGGUCAAUUGUAUUUGCAAUGUUGAUUUUGGUAAUUUGUGAGUAAUGCCACAAAAAAUUCUGCAAAAACAGAACAGAACUACACUGGGUGUAUAUGACGGCAAUAUUUUAUCAAGUGCCAAGUGCACUUUACUUUUGUAGCAAUGAAAAUGACCUAGACAAGGUGUUUCUCUACAAUGCAGCUUUAGAUGUUCCAAUCAGAGGUAAAAACGAUAAGAAAUGGGGGAAAUUCAGAGCUAGGGUUACGGUUGGUCGGUGCGGCUCCAGGAAGAAGGUUAAUCGCCGGUGGAGAUUGUAUGCUACUGACACUCGCGUUUUGGAAAGUGGCACGGUGGAUAGGAGUAGUGCUAAUUCUCAGCUUCCGACAGUUCCCUCUAUUGAAAUCCCAGUCACUUGCUACCAGAUCAUCGGUGUCUCAGACCGAGCUGAGAAGGAUGAAAUUGUCAAGUCGGUAAUGCAUCUCAAGAAUGCUGAGAUUGAAGAUGGAUACACCAUGGAUGCUGUUGUUUCUCGCCAGAAUCUUUUAAUGGAUGUGAGGGAUAAGCUUUUGUUUGAGCCAGAAUAUGCCGGAAAUAUAAAAGAAAGGGUUCCACCAAGGUCUUCUCUUAGAAUACCAUGGGCUUGGUUAUCUAGUGCUCUUUGUCUUCUUCAAGAGGUUGGGGAAGAGAAGCUUGUGCUAAAUAUUGGACAAAAAGCUCUUCAACAUCCAGAUUCUAAGCCUUAUGUUCAUGAUAUUCUUUUGUCCAUGGCACUUGCUGAGUGUGCAAUUGCAAAAGUUGGUUUUGAGAAGAACAAAAUUUCACAAGGAUUUGAAGCUCUUGCUCGUGCUCAAUGUCUUUUAAGGAGCAAAGUUUCUCUUGGGAAGAUGACAUUAUUAUCUCAGAUAGAAGAAUCGUUGGAAGAGCUCGCCCCUGCCUGCACCUUGGAGUUAUUAGGCCUGCCUCGUACACCUGAAAAUGCUGAGCGGAGGUUAGGAGCCAUUGCAGCAUUACGUGAAUUGCUCAGACAGGGCCUUGAUGUAGAAGCUUCCUGCCAAGUUCAGGAUUGGCAAUGCUUCUUAAAUCAAGCUCUUAACAAGCUUAUGGCUUCGGAGAUUGUUGAACUCCUUCAAUGGGAUAAUUUGGCUCUCACAAGGAAGAACAAAAAGUCCAUUGAGUCACAAAACCAAAGAGUUGUAAUUGAUUUCAACUGUUUCUACGUGGUUUUAUUAGCUCAUAUUGCCCUAGGAUUUUCCAGCAAGCAGAUUGAUCUGAUUAACAAAUCCAAAAUAAUUUGUGAGUGUUUGAUUGCUUCAGAAGGAGUUGAUUUGAAAUUUGAGGAAGCCUUCUUGUUGUUCCUUCUUGGGCAGGGGGAUGAGGCUGCAGCUACUGAAAAGCUUCGGCAGCUUGAGCUGAACUCAGAUACAGCUUCACGUAAUUUAGCAUCAGUCAAAGAAACGAAAGAUGUUUCAACUGUAUCAAAACCACUGGAGACCUGGUUGAAGGAUGCUGUGCUUGGCUUGUUCCCUGAUACGAGGGAUUGUUCUCCGUCAUUAGUAAACUUCUUUCGCGGCGAGAAACGACCUUUCGUGAGCAGGGGAAAUAAAAGAGGUCUGCAGACUGCAUCUCAUAUUAGUCAUAGGCCACUUGCACCUGCUAUUACACGGGACCAAAGAGCUACAGAUGAACCACUUUUGUAUGGUGAUACUUCACGGCAUCUCGGGUCAGCUGUAAAGCAGUUAGCUCCACCUAAUUUACAAGCUCAAUUGACCGUGGAUAAGGUCAAUGUGGGCAAUGCUUCUGGGAUGCCAUCUGUUCAGUUAAAAAGAAAUUUGGGUGCUGGACGUAAGGUUUGGGAAAUUUGGUUGGGCCUGAAUAGCAUAGUUGAGAAGAUAAUUUUUGUUGCGUCAGUUGGAUGCGUCAUCUUUGUUUCCUUCAAGCUAAUGAACAUGCAGUUGUGGAGAAUGAAAAGUGGAUCUGGUUGGUGGCUAAACACGCCAAGGAUGACAAGCUCCCAUUCCUGGAAAAUGGAUUUUCCUCAAGAUCCUAAUUAUAGGCAGGCAAGCAAUAGGAGAAGUGGCAUCAUUCAGAAGUUGAAGAAGUUGCUUCCAAAGUUCACGAUGCAGAUAGGCGAGCACCCACAAGCUUCUGGUCUCCAAAAUUCUUUCUUUGCUGCUGGUCUAUUACCCACAGCAGCUUACAAGACACCAAUGCCUAUAGAAGAAGCUGAGACCCUUAUCAAGAAAUGGCAAACCAUUAAGGCAGAAGCACUAGGGCCUGACCAUAAUAUUGAUGGUCUCUUUGAUGUUCUUGAUGAGCCAAUGCUUGUUCAGUGGCAAGCCUUGUCUGAAGCAGCAAAAACCAGGUCGUGUUUCUGGAGAUUUGUUUUGCUCCAACUUUCAGUUUUACGAGCAGAGAUUUUGACCGAUGGGAUUGGUCAGGAGAUGGCAGAAAUAGAGGCAAUCCUGGAGGAAGCAGCUGAACUUGUGGAUGAAUCACAGCUUAAGAACCCAAAUUAUUACAGCACUUACAAAAUUCGCUAUGUUCUGAAGAGGCAAGAUGGUGGUGCGUGGAGGUUUAGUGAAGGAGAUAUUCUAACAGAGUCAUGACUUCUAGCAUAGUGAGAGUAGAGCUCUCAGUAUAUAAACCACAGCUUACCUGUAUAUGAGAUAUUCAAGCUGACAUUGACUGCAGUUCAAGGAGAUAGUGGUCUGUUCUGUUUCGUUUACCUUCCUAUUUAAAAUAAUCCCUUUUUUCUAUCCUUGUCAAUUUUGGCAAGGUAAUUUCUGGCAUCAUUAGUUGGUGUAUUCUUUUUUUCUUUUUUUUGGUUGGGUCUGAUAUCUUUAAAUGCUGAAGGGAGUGGAUAGUCUAUUGUAGCGAGGUAACUUGGACUAUGAAAGUAAAAUCUGAUUUGUUAAAAUGAUUUCUGAUGAAAUUUGUUGGCAGUAUCCAAUACCUUUGUGAUUGUGUUACGUUAUAUGUGCUGCUUGUUAAUUGAAUUUGAGUAAACAUCA